AUGAAGCGGACUGUCCCGUCCAUAGGCAUCUUGAGCCUCGCAGUUGUCUGUUUCUUUGCCCUUGCCUUGUCACAAUCUGACCUGAAAGACAACACAUCGUCAGUCGUAACGACCAAAAAAGACCCUCGAGAUUGUGACUGUUUUACUGUCUCUGGUACGGACCCAGGAUACUUCCAACACUACAAGCUCUGGGACUUCCGCGAUGUUCCUCUCAAGCAAGCUGAUACAGACUCACCGGAAACUGAUAAACACAACGAAGGCGAAUGGGAGGACUGGUAUGAGGACGAUGAUAAAAACUAUGAUAAGGAUGAAGAUGCAGGCAAGCAGGAUUCCUACAAUGGCUCCCUAUACUUUUUCAAAACUGCAUUCGACAAGGACUGGAUCAGCCAGAGAUGGCACCGCCCCCGAAGCCCCAAAGCACCGGUGACCAUGAUCAAUUCCAAACAAAACGUCUUCUUCACCCGAGACAGUGAAGACGAUGAUCCGGAAGCAACAUACCUCGUCUUGCGCACUAUCCGCAAUAUCAACUUCACAUCCACCGCCGAGAUCGAAACCCGCGUGAAGAAUAUCUUCCACUGUUCCCUGCGUCUCCGUCUACGGAUUUUGCCAGCGAGUAUGCAUAUAGCACAACCUCCGCAAAGCAGACAGCAGCCAUUAACAGAUCUGAACCAACCUCCUAUCCCGGUUCUCAACACUAGACUUAACAUUGACAACACAACUUCUCCUGUGUCUCAAGAUACCAGAAAACCUCCCUCCGGUGCUUGUGUCGGUGUCUUCACUUACCAUGCGAAGAAUUGUGAGUCUGACAUCGAGAUAUUGACAAGCGAUCCCACCCAUCGAGUCCGAUACGCCAACCAGCCAGACUACGACCCUAUCACAGAUCGCAUGAUCCCAGGUGCAGCAACAGUCGUUGACGUUCCUACCCCGUGGACCACCUGGUCAACCCAUCGCCUGGACUGGUACGAUGACCAGUCUCGUUGGUACGUGAAUGAUAAACUCGAAGAAGUCAAGUCCUAUCGCGUACCCAAUCUGCAAAGCAGACUCGUGAUCAAUCUCUGGAGCGACGGAGGUUUCUGGACAGGCGAUAUGAAAAUUGGGGACAAGGUCUUCCUCGGUAUUGAGUACAUCGAGCUGGCGUAUAACCGGUCUUCAGAUGGAAAUUACUGGUCUAAAAUUCCUCCGGAAAGCAAUCAUGGUGGGCAUCAGCGGCUUUAUGAAAACACUUCUGCAGUUGUGGUGGAGGAGUCAGAGGAAGAGCUCUUUGGGCCCGAGACGGAAAUUUUGACUGGAGCCACUGUGAAAAAGAAAAAGUGUAAGAAGGGAAAGAAGGGUGACAAGUGUCGGAAAAAGAAAAAGAAGAAGCAUGGAGGGAAGGGAGGCAAACCAACUGGGCCAAGAUGCCGGCGUGUUUGCAAUAUUGACGAGCUUCGCUUCACAUCGAAGAACUGA